UCAUCGGAGCUGGGCGAGGAAAUUCAAGAAGUGCAGAGUAAAGUAUAUGCUGAAAAUUCAUCUAGAAAAGUGGGACAUGAAAGUUAUAUCAAGAAUUGCGAAAAAGAGGACAAGAAAGUAAAUAACGAUGAAAGUAAAAAUGUUAAAUUAGAGAAACAGGUUAACCGAGAUGUAGAAGAAAAAGUAGACAAUGUUGAGGAAAUUAGGAAUAAAGAAAUAGGGGAAUUAGACAUAGAAAUGAUUUAUAAGUUUAAAGAUGAUCAUGAGAAUAUAGAAACAGGACUUAGUCAAAGUUUAGUUGUGUCACAGCUGCCGGUGAUAUUUAUUAACAAUGAAUGGCAUAAAUCGAAGUCGUCGAAAACUUUCCAAACGAUUAAUCCCACAACCGGCAAACCUAUUGCUGAAAUUCAAGAGGGAGGAAAGGCUGACAUUGAUGUGGCAGUUCAAGCUGCUCGAGAAGCUUUUAAGCUUGGAAGUCCAUGGAGGCAGAUGGAUGCUUCUGACAGGGGGGUUCUCCUUAACAGGCUGGCUUCUCUCAUCGACCGUGACAGUGUUUACCUAGCAGUAGGUGAAAGUUUGGAGACACUUGACAAUGGCAAACCCUACUCCAAUGCAAUGGCUUUUGAUGUUCCUGCCAGUGCCAAAGUCCUGCGCUAUUAUGCAGGUUGGGCUGACAAGAACCACGGAAAAACCAUUGCUAUGGAUGGGCCAUAUUUUUCCUACACUCGCCAUGAGCCUGUUGGUGUCUGUGGUCAAAUCAUCCCAUGGAACUUCCCAUUAUUGAUGCUUGCAUGGAAACUUGGCCCAGCUCUUGCUACUGGAAAUGUUGUCAUUCUGAAGCCUGCUGAGCAGACUCCUCUGACUGCUUUGUACAUUGCUCAGCUGGUUAAAGAAGCUGGCUUUCCCCCUGGAGUGGUGAACAUAGUGCCAGGAUUUGGCAAUGCUGGAGAAGCUAUUGUCAAUCAUCCUGAUAUUGAUAAAGUCGCCUUCACUGGUUCAACUGAAGUUGGAAAAUUAAUUCAACAGGGAGCUGGGCGUACAAAUUUGAAACGAGUAACUUUGGAACUGGGUGGAAAAUCUCCAAACAUCAUCCUUGGUGAUGUAGACAUGAAUUAUGCAGUGGAGCAGGCACACUUUGGAUUGUUUUUUAAUAUGGGCCAAUGUUGCUGUGCUGGUUCCAGAACUUUUGUGGAAGAUUCAAUUUAUGAUGAAUUCGUAGAAAGAAGUGCUGAGAGAGCAAAGAAGCGAACCAUCGGCAACCCUUUUGACCUAUCUGUAGAACAAGGUCCUCAGAUUGACAACGAGCAGUAUAAUAAAAUUUUGGGUUUAAUAAAGAGCGGACAAAAAGAUGGUGCCAAGCUUGUGGCUGGUGGAUCAGCACAUGGCAAAGAAGGCUACUUCAUUCAACCCACUGUCUUUGCAGAUGUUAAGGAUGAUAUGACUAUUGCAAGAGAAGAGAUAUUUGGGCCAGUGCAGCAAAUCCUUCGCUUCAAAUCUUUGGAUGAGGUCCUGGAGAGGGCAAAUAAGACUGAUUAUGGAUUGGCUGCUGCUGUAUUUACAAAGGACAUUGAUAGAGCCAACCACAUUAUUCAAGGACUACGAGCUGGCACCGUAUGGGUCAAUUGCUACAACAUAAUCAAUCCUCAAGCACCUUUUGGAGGCUUCAAGAUGUCUGGCAAUGGUAGAGAACUUGGAGAGUAUGGUUUGGAAGCAUACACAGAAGUGAAGACUGUUAUUGUAAAGAUACCUCAGAAAAAUAGCUAAAUUUCUAAAUGUGAAGUGCAACAAUUGCUCAUGAUGAACAAUAAUUACCUUGCAAUGCACCUAUUUUUGAAAAUAAGCUUUAAUAAGAUUGUGAGGAACAAAGCAAUAACAUACGUUAAUUGAUUUAACAGGGAGACUUUUUCAAUUCCUCAUUGCAAAAUAUAAUCAGAUCUGUCUUCCUACAAAUAUAAAUAAAGAUUUGACUAAAAUAUGUAUAAAUUCAAAUUACACUAACAUGAGACUGCAAUAAAUAUAUUCUUUUGUAAAUUUUAUGAGUUUUUGUUUGUGUGUACUUAAUAAAAUUCUCAUCAUCAUGAACUGCAGGGUGAAAGGCCAGAGGCGGAGGGGGCGGUUCCUAAUAACAUUCUGUUAUCCAAAUUUAAUGUAUCAUUAAAACAAGUUUGUAAACAGAAGAAUCAAGUGACAGUAUUGUAGUAAACAAGAUUUCAUGUAAUUCAAAUUCAUACGAGAGAAUUUUGAUCCAUAUGAAACAAUGCAUUCUUAAUUAUUACUUAGUCUACAUCAUUUAAAACAGCCUGAUGGGGCAGGAGUUUGGGGCAUUGGGCACAAGUUCUUAUUACACCAAGACUGGGUUCAAAUACCGAGAAUGGAUACUUUCAGUUCUGAUGUAGUAUGGUAUGCAUUCCCCCAUUAAACUAUGAAUCCUUGCCCUAAUUUCCAUCUCUACCUCAGAAAAUGUAUGUAAGAUGAUUGAAUGAGGAUCAGCAUUACAAAGGGCAUCAGCAUUACUGUGGAUAGGGCUGUCUACUAUUCAUGCAAGUUUUCUUGCUGCCUCCACUCCUCACAACCAGCGUGGUCUGGUCAAAAACCUUGAUCUUGCUUGGUAUAAGCUUUACAAGCAUCGCAACGAUUGUUAGAGCUGCCUCCUGCUG